GCUUGGACCUGUUGUGGUUUAGAGAAAGAAAAAUGAGAUCAAGACGAUUUGCGUGGUUUUGAAGCCUGCUUGCCGGACGAAGGAAGGACGAACAUUAAAAACAAGGUUUCGUCAGCGCGCUCUCAAAGCCAUGAAACAUUCUUCGCAACGGUUCAAUUGGUUGCCAAUCCGUCCCGUGUCAUUUCCGAGGUGCCGAGCAGAAAUGGAUGAAGCCAUCAAUCACAUCAACGUCCAUGUCACCAAGCCAAGCGUAACACAUCCAUCCAGGAGUAGACAAACAAACACGGAUCGUGUAUCUUACCAGUUGCCUCUCUCUGUCUGGUGGCGUGAUCACCAUUGUUCAAAGUAAUACUCAAUUUUUUAGUAAAUUUUGAUUGAUAAAAAUGAUUGUGAAAAGAGUGAGAGUACACAGAGUCUUGGCACUACUAGUAUUGACAGUACUCUUGUGGAGUAGUAAAGAGGCAUUGGCAACUGCAUCUUCUUCAUCACCAUUAGUGGAAUUACAAGAAUCAUUACAAGACCCCAAUUGCGAUGACAGUUCCACCAAUACGAAAUAUGACCCGUUGGCGUGUUGGUUGUGGAAGACAAAAGUCUCCAUCCCGGAUUUAGAAUUCCAUCGGAGAAUCUUGUUGAUUCCCACCACGGUCACUGUCCAUGAUUUGUCCUGUACCAACUUUGUCGUCGAAACACUGGAGUCAUCCUACACUCCUUCCGACCGCAAUCACUCCUCCACAACCAACAAUAGUAAUUGGAAGAAUCCAUCCAUUCGGUUGGUCGUCAAGGGAAUUGCCGCAUCCUGUCAGGGAAAGUACCAUGCCACGGGAGGAUUCUCGGGAGAUUUACAAGUCACGGCCAAUUCCGAUGGAAAUGACGACAAGACGGCUCUGCAAUUCACGUGGGAAUUCGUGUCAUCCUUUCAUCUACCAAAUGCAACUCAUACCAUUCAACAACAACAUCAUCAACAAAACCAAUACUGGAUGCCCAUUGCGCUCAAUACACAACAAUGUCAGGCAUCCUUACAGGUCGCAGACCUAAGCUUUCAUGGAUCCAUUUCGGCUGAUAUUGUCAAUGGAUUCAGCGGAAUGAUUUCAAACAAGGUCACACAAGAACUCAAUGGAGAUGUUCUAUGUCCACAAAUUAAGGAUGCCGUGGAUCCAGUCGUUACACAGUCGCUCUUGACAGCCGACAGGGCAUUGAACAAAUAUCUACCCCACAACAACAAUAGUGUGGACUUGGUCCAGUCACAACAACAACAACCUGCACGUCUACUACAAUCCACAAGUACUCUCAAAUCCAAUGCCAUUGACUUUGCCACCGAUCUACCCAAAUUCUACCACACGCUACAGCAUCUCAACAACUUUCUCGGAUGUUUCUACCAGACAGGCACUGCUCACAAUUGCGACAGCUUUAUCAAUCGAGAAUUCAAAAACAUUGCAUCCGCACUACUGGAGGGAGUCAAAGAUCAAAUCAAAAUUCCCGUACCAGCAGGCAUGCAUAAAAUUCGAUUUGAUCUGCCACAAUAUGGAAAAGUACUCGUCGAUGUUCAGGAAUUGCACGUCGUGGGACUGGAAACAUUGCAAUCACUCUCCAUUCUAGCACCUCAAGAUACUGAUGGUAACAAUGCGCAACAACAAUUCCAGACACAACUACAGUCCUCCAAAAACAAAGGUGGUGGUGGAGGAGGAGUCAACAUUACGGCCAACAUCAACAUUACAAUCUCGUCCAUUCCAGGAGGACUCAUUCAUGGAGAUCCACUCAAUGAAGUCUUUCAUGUGAACUUUAACAUGUCCACACUAGAUGCCAUGGCCAUGGUCACCUUGGCAUUGGACAAGGAUCAAUUCCAAAACAUUCAAAUUGCACGUGUUACAGAUGCAUUUCCUGCAAUCUUCUUUCCAGGAGACCAAAACAAACAAGACAAUGCUGCCAAAAACAGAAAGUGUCUGUUCGACUCGAUACAGACACUCAAGGUCAAUGACAUGACGCUGCGAGCCAUUCUGGGGUCGGCAACUUUUGUGCCGCACUUUAUGGCCUCCAACUUUGGUCGAGGACGAAGAUUGUCUCGGCUGGUAUCCAGACAACUGGAAGAAGAUCUCGAUGAUAUGUUGAAUCACGUGUUGAUGCUAGUGCUGCAAGAGUACCAACCUCUACUCUCCGAUGCCACCUUUGGGUUGGUGCGUACCACGCUCUUGUCGCAACUCAACAACUGGUUGGACCGGCAGUUGCACAAUGUCACCAAUGGUCACGACAACAAUAACAACAAGUCCUUGGUCUACCAUCAUGAUGAUGAUACAAGAGCAUUGCUAUCGGUUGACACCAAGGAUGGCACUCAUGAUGCAAGAGCAUUGCUGUCGGUUGACACAAAAGAUGAUGGGUACUGCCAAACCAGUAGCGAUGACGGUGCCGAUCAAAACCUGGCAAACUUUUCGCAACUGAUAUUGCUGGAUAAGUUGAAUGAUCUCAUCAACCAACCUAGCACCUUGGAUUCCAUCAAUCAGGCCAUUGAAACCCUUGCCAAAAACAUAGAGGCAAAGUACAACCCAUCAUCGUUUUGGGCACAACCCUGGAUCCGAGAACUGGCACGUCUCGCCAAGGGGAUUCCAGGCGUCUCGCUUCGCUUGAAGGAAAUCCGUCUGGAUAAUUUUGGCGCCGUUGAACACAUUGAUCUUUUAUCUCCCCUAAGCGAUGGACUCCAUCUGAAGAAUGGGGUCAGCUAUGCCAUGGAUCACGGCAUGCCCAGACUCCACCUGUCGCUCGAUGUCGACUACUGUCCUCGCAACAUCAACGGAAUACUCAACUUGACGGCCAAGCUGGAGGACGUUUACUUGGAUGCAGGCUCCAUCCUUCACUUUGAUAUGACGCGGUUGCGACAGCUGACACUGAGCCAUCUUUUUUCAAAUGGUCAUUGUGCUUUCACGCCUUUUCGAAAACACGAGUUUUACAAUAAGAACAACAGCAACAGUCGGAUUGGAAACCUUCUCGCCAACGUCAGCGCAGAAGUGACGGGCGGCUCCAAGUUCCAAAACUUCACAGUGGCCACGGAUACGAUCGCCUACCCAUCCGCAGAAAAGCUUGUAGCUUCGAUUGUGGCAUGGGUGUUGUACACGUUGAAGGACAUUUUGAACUCGGCGGCAUCCUCAAGCUUUCAACAAGCCGAAAGUUAUUGCACUGGGGGGCAAGUCUUUGGGUACGACAAAGAUCCACCAAUACUCAAUGACGGCUUUCAUGACGAGUUGUUGCUUCCAGUGGUGGGAAUCUUUGUGGGGCUGUUUGCGAUCGCACAGAUACUCUACUUCUGUGGCAAACGGUACUGUUCAGUGCGGGACGACGCCAACGAGUCCAACGAGGUUACAGGAGACAUGUCACAGUCAUUGCUGUCACACACGAACGGGACAUCGACAACAAUCUCUGACAUGGAGGAAAAGAAUGACAACGAAGCACAAGGAGAGACGUUGCUGCAGAGUACCGUCAUUUCAGCUUUUGCAAGGCAAGCAGUUCCAAUCUUGAUCAUUGGAACGAUCAUUCUGUUGGUGUCUAGCAACAUCAGUAGUGGUGCCACAGUGGACUUGCAUCUCUCCUGGAAGGAGCGCUCCCUGUCUUUGCCGGCACUUUUCACCUUUAGUUUGUACAACACAGCCAAGGACAUGUGGCAGGCAAAGAUAUAUCCCUUGUUUUUCCUCGUCCUGACCCUCAGUGGAAUGUGGCCGUACACAAAGCUUCUGUUGAUGCUUGUGUCUUGGAUAACACCUGCGAACUACCUCAAGCCAAGUACUCGAGGGACUCUCUUGCUGGCACUGGAUGCACUCGGAAAGUUUGCAUUGGUGGAUACAUAUUUGUUUGUCUUGAUGAUGGUUGCCUUCAGGUACCAUUUGGACGUCUCUGAUACUCUCUCUGUGGACGUGUUUGUCUCGCCAGAGACAGGAUUCUACACGUUUCUUGGAGCCACUUGCUUUUCACUUCUCAUGGGGCAUUUCUUGGUGUACUGCCACAGGCUGUCGGAAAUGAGACUCCUCAAACCCCGGAAUGCUAGAAGAUUCCGCAAGUCCAUAUGCCAGCACAAGUACUAUGUUGGCGACGACACUGGACAGCAAAUGCAACUUUCAAAGUGCUUCAAGACUGCAAUUGUUCUGACUGCCCUGGGAGCUACAGUUUUGCUUGCCGUCGGCAUUACGAUAAAGUGCUUCAGAUUUGAGAUUGGUGGGCUUGCUGGUGAUUUCCUGGGCGACGAUCGGAUCACGUACUAUUCGCUGAUGUCUCUGGGAACCUCCCUCCGUAAGAGUGUUCAGGACCCAUCUUCUAUGGGCAUCCUGCUUUUGGAGGUCAUUUAUUUCUUCUAUGCAGUGGCGACGCCGUUCGCUUGUCUCGGCCUUCUGCUGGUGCUUUUCUUGGUCCCCAUGAGAUUGGAAACACAGCGGUUUUUCGUUGUUCUUGCAGAGAUCGCGAACGCAUGGAGCGCCGUUGAAGUGUUUGUGAUUUCUAUCAUUGCGUCACUCCUUGAAAUCUCUACCUUUGCAUCCUUCAUUGUCGGGCAUCGAUGCGACUUGAUCAAGAAGAUCAUUCAUGACCGCUUUGCAAGUGCAUUGGAUGAUGCCACCGAUGCUACGUGCUUCACCGUCAGGUCGUCUGUGGAACCUAAUGUCUGGGUCUUGAUUAUGGGUGCGCUGCUGAAUAGCAUUGUGGUUGGAGUCCUUCUCCGUCUCAUCCACUGCAGCGUCAACGAACGCAUCCAGGCAGAAAUGGUCUCUUCGGUAGAACCAACCAUCGACGACGCUCUCCGCAGCGAUGACUCCUCCAAGCCAAGGACGAUCAUCAAUUUCUUGUCUUCUGGUUGCUGUCGAAGUCUUUUGUUUGAUGCGCGUUCAGCUACGAUUCGAACCGUGGGUUACACUCCUCAAUCUGACGAUACUUUUUCCGUUCUGAGGGAGGUGAACUGGGAGGAAGAGUCUACGGUCAAUACCAGGGAGCCGAGACCCCACAAUUCACCCAUACCCCACAAUUCGCCCAGCCAAGAUGUGAUGGAGACCCUAAGGGAUGCUUUUGGUGAUUGAAGCAAAGGAUUGGAUUUUGUACUGUGGAAGGACGAAGCUCGAGAAUGGCUGCCCAGCAAGCUCUCGAGGAGUGGGGGUGCUCAAAAACCUUUUUCACAUGGGCAACAACUCGAGGAAGACAGUUUUGCUGGUGUAUACUGCGGUACCAUGGUAUUGUACAGAGAUGCAGAAAUUGCUACUGUUUAGAUAGUUCUCUAGCUAGACAACCAAUUUCUCCUCUACAGGAAUAGGACUAGCGUCUUCCACCACUGUAUCAGAAUCGAAUAAUUAAUCAACUAACUAGCUAGAGUUACCAGUAG